AUGCCACGCUCAGCGGUAGAAGUGGGGUGGAGGAAGAAAGAGGAGAGUUUUGGCUUCCAAGGUGGCUGUGGCUUGGAGCCCGGCUGGGCACUGGUCCGCCGGCAGGAGGUGCGGGACCCCCUGCGCUUCCUGGGCUUCCCAUCGCUCUGGCUUUGUGGCCUGCAGAUGUUGGCUAGGGGCGACUAUGUGAUUAGCCAUAGUAUCGGUCUCUGCGGUAUGCCUGGGUUCCCAAGUUUCGCACCACUUGUGAAUUCCUUGAACCUUGGCAUUGCAAGCCCACUUCUGUUGGGCCCUCCUCCUUUACAGCUUGCACAAAUUAAGACACAGUUGGCUCUGCAGCAAUUGACCUCAGUUGCUACCAACAGUUCUGCACCUCCUUAUGCUUGGUUAAAUCAGGCAUUUCUGAAAAACGCAAUGUUUAGCCCUAGAGGAACUUUGCCUCAGAGGCCGAGAGGACCUAAUCCGUCUGGCACAAAGCCUCCAGGAUCCUUUAGGGGAGGAGGCGCAGCAGGUCUUCAGAGAAAGCCUGCGCCUGGAACACCUCAAGGGAUGUCCCAGAGAUUUUCGGGACAGGAGACAUUUCAGUGGACGGGUUCACAGAGGAUAAACGUUCGGGUAACUCUGCACAGGACUGAUCCCAGGCGGGUAAAGGAGAAGACGAACCUACACCAGGAGCAGAAGGGAGAGCCUCGCACAAGUUGCUGGGAUAGUAGCCCGUGCGCAGCUGGGACAACUGGGCAAAAGCCAUCGGCCUCGGCACGGAUCUCGGAGCAGAAUUCAAAUGCCCAGAGCCGCUACACACCAGAAAGCGCUUCCAGUAUUUUAGCGAGUUUCGGGCUGUCUAACGAAGAUUUGGAGGAACUCAGUCGCUAUCCAGACGAUCAGUUAACGCCUGAAAACAUGCCGCUAAUCUUAAGAGAAAUACGGAUUCGUAAGAUGGGUCAUUCUUUAUCUGGUUUGCAUUCUCAGAGCAGAGCAGAAGAAACGAUCGGUGGUACGAGCGGCGCAGCAGUCAAGAGUAAAGUGAUUGAUUACGGGCACGCGAGCAAAUACGGUUACACUGAAGAUCCUCUGGAAGUGCGUGCUUACAAUCCCGAAGCGCUGACUGAAGACCCUCUCGAAGCACGCGUCUAUAAUCCCGAAGCAUCGAGCGGGGAGAACAGGGAAGACUUCCAACGAGAGCAGAAUAUGUCGAUGGGCGUCCCGCCGUCUAGCGUGACGUGUAAUCCGGUGUUUCCAGUCGAAGAUUUAAUAAAACCGACGGGGUUCCAGAAUGAUUCCUCAAAUACUCGAUCCUUUUUUCCAGCUGAGACUCCGGGAAAGGUGUCCGGUUUGUGCGCAACCCCCGCCGGACUCCCCAUGGUGAAAUCCGCAUCCCAGCCUGCAGUCCCGCCUGCCAUGCCGCCGAUGAUGCCGCCGAUGAUGCCUGCCUUGGCCCAGCCCAUGAUGCCGCCUGUCAUGCCGCCUCUCGUCCAGCAGUCCAUGAGCCAGCACGUGAUGCCCCCCAUGACCCAGCCACCCUUUUCGGCUGAACUUCUUGCAGCUGUAAGCCAGCAUGAAAGAAUUCAGCAUGAAUCUGGGACGAGCCAGUCUAACGCCCAGAGCGGCUCAGGAGCAGGACAGAAGCCCUUCCAGACGCAGGCUGAGGGGCCGAUUAAAUCUCCUUUUGGCAUUGUGAAAGCAUCCUGGCUUCCAGUGUUUCUGCAGUCCGAUGCCCAGAAGAUAAAACGAUUGCCCACUCCGUCAAUGAUGAAUGACUACUAUGCCACGUCUCCAAGAAUAUUCCCACAUAUGUGUUCUCUGUGUAACAUUGAAUGCACUCAUAUGAAGGACUGGAUUCUGCAUCAGAACACUCCAUCUCACAUUGAAAGCUGCCGCCAGUUACGUCAACAAUACCCUGAUUGGAACCCUGAGUCUCAGUCUUCGAAGAGAAAUGCUGGUGAUAGGAAAGAAAACCAGACCCCGAAGCGUCGUUCCAACUCUGCCAGCCCCAGUCCCAGGCGUUCGAGGGUCGCAGGCUCUGGCUAUGUUCUUCGCCGAUCACGAUCGAGAUCCAGGAGCCCUGGCCGCUUCAGGCCAACAAGGCCAAGAAGUCGAAGCCCGCGGCAGAUGCGACGACGUAGCCCCAGGCACAGGUCAAGGUCACCGCAGCGAUCGAGAAAUCCACUGAGAACUAGUCCGCGACCUCAGAGAUCUUCCAGUAAUGACUGGUCAUCAAGGAGGUCAACCCGAUCUCAAGACAGAAAGGCAGCUCUGGAGGCAGUAGUGAAAAGGAAGACGCCUGGAAAUAUGAAGAAGCCGCUGAAAACAAGCGUUUCUCCAAAGGCUUUGAAGAAAGACGUGCCUGGGUCAAGUUCUUCAUCUCCUGAAACUGAUGAUUUACCCCAAAGCAAAGAAAUGGAAGAGGAUGAGGAAGAUUUAUCCACAGGAACCGGUGGACCUCAUCCUACUCCUUAUAAUAGGCUGUUGAGAGAGGAAUUGCUGAGUUGUGGGACAGUCCUUCAAAUAUCUGAUUUACCAGAUGAUGGCUUUUCAGAUCAAGAUAUUAAGAAAAUCGUUCAGCCAUUUGGCAAAGUUAGCGAUCUCAUUGUACUUCGCUCUAGAAACGAGGCCUUCUUGGAAAUGAACUACAAAGAAGCCGUGAUAGCCGCUGUGAAAUACGGUGAAACUGUGCCAGUGCUGGUAAAUGGGAAACGGGUGAAAAUAAGCGUAGCAGAAAAGCCAAAAGCAUCUCCUGGCCAGGAGCUUGAUGAUAUCUGCGUGGUUCUUAUUUCAAACUUGCCUGAGAAAGGAUAUUCUGUUGAGGAAGUUUCCAACCUCGCAAAGCCAUUUGGGGGACUGAAGGACGUCCUCAUUUUAUCAUCGCAUAAAAAGGCAUAUCUUGAAAUAAAUAGAAAGUCUGCGGAUUCCAUGGUUAAAUUUUACACCUGCUUUCCAAUGACGCUGGAUGGAAAUCAGCUCUGCAUCAACAUGGUGCCUCAGUAUAAGACUAUAAAAGAUGAAGAAGCGAUAUUUACUGCUAUAAUUAAAGAUUCUGACCCUAAGGUAAAUACUGAAACGAUACAGAGCCAGUUUGUGCAUCUCGGGAACUUGCCAGAUGAUGGCUACAGAGAACUUGAAGUAGUUUGUGUGGGACUUCGGUUUGGAAAAGUAGAUCAUUAUGUCGUACUGAAGAAUAAAAACAAGGCGAUUCUGCAGCUGGAUAGCCCCAAGUCAGCCAGGUCGAUGUACAGCUUCCUGAAGCAGUACCCCUACAACAUGGGUGAGCAUACGUUGACCUGUACGCUGUCACCCAGCGGAGAGGCUGCCGAGUCUGCCUCGCAUCAGGGGAUCCAAAUUUUAGGAGCUCAUGCCAGCGCCGAGGUCUCGGGGCCCGUCUGUAGCGAGUGCUACCUUGAGAGGUCUGGCAAGUCACAGCCUAGUGUGGCAAAGAAAGGACCCAUUUCCAUCUCUAAUGUCAAAGACGAGAUGUCAGCAGUGCAGAUAGAGCCCUCUGAGUCCCAUCUUGAAAGAGCAGUAAGGGAGUCUGCUCCGAGACUGGCAGAAACGUCUGCGGAGAAAGUGGGCGCUGGAGUUGAAGCUACUGUGGCAUCUGUCAAAGCCGCUGCUACGGAAUCAUCUGAGGCGAAGUCGGAAGAGAUGCUGCCGCCGCCUUCCAGCGUGGAGAAAGAAGAGGCAGUUAAAGAUCGUACCGAACCAGAGCUGUUUGAAUCUGCCGUUGUAUCCGCGUCGGAGAAGGAAAUUCAAGAGAAAGGUGAGGAGUUGUCUGCUCCUGCCGUUGAACGACCAGAAGAAUUGUCCGAUGCGGGCGAGGCCGGAGGUGUGCCGUCACGUCGUGCCGUGAAGCCGGCGGCAGGGGAUGCGACAGGGGCCGUCCCUGAAGCGGUGCCCCCCGAUCCUGCUGCAGCUUCAGUGGAGGUGGUGUCGUCGGUCGUCACGCAAGCAAACGACGAGUCGGAUGCUCCGGAAAAAAAUACCGUUUCUGAUGCUGUGCAAACCGAACACACAACGCCUGUAAUUCCGAUAACAGAGAAGAAACCUGUACUUCAAACUGGGGCGGCUGUGGAGAAGAAACUGGAUGUAGCUGGAGCAGACACAGAGAUGAAACCAGAAGAGUCUGCGCUCAACGUUGGAAGAGCUGCGGAGGAGAGCCCCGAGAAGCUUUUGGUCAAGACUGGGGCACAGACAGAGAAGAAACUUGACAAACCUGUGACCAAGGUUGGGGCCGCUAUGGAAGGUGCUGCAAAUGCCGUCAGUGAGAACAGCGAGGGAAGUUUAAUCAAAGCCCACCAAAAUAAAGGAACAGGACCAGCAAAAACUGAUGAAACCCGCGAAGCAGUUACGUUAAACUCCUCUCUAUCCGUCAAGGAAUCUUCCUCUGUUGGUAAAACGAUUUUAAAGGCAGUGGUGUCUCUUCUGGAUAUAUCAAAGUCAAGGGUUCCGGUACGGAGAAAUGAGCCUUCCCUGUGUAAAGGAGGGGAGCAGAAAGCUCCCUCGAAGCCGGAGACCCGAGGCCAAGCAGCGGUGGAGAAGAAAAUCGCAUCAAAAGAAGAGGGUCAUCCACGACCUGCUGGCAGCCGAGCAAGCCUGGGAGAUGGCAGCGGCAAAUGUAAAGUGAGCAGAAGUUCUGUUGUUGAUGGAAGGGGAGACAAUGGGAGGAAUUCAUCUCAGCAAGAGAAGGACUCACGAGUGGAAUCUAGGGCUAGUUCAAAACAGGCCCAAGAGGGAGAGAGUAGAUCAUCCAGCAUGAAGAAAGACAACAGCAGCAAUAAGGCUUCCGUUGGUGGCAAUACUAAAACUUCAAAAAGUGGCACUAGCAGCAGCGCAAAACAGAAGGAGGAAGAAGAGCUGUUUCCAUUUAACCUGGAUGAAUUUGUUACUGUGGAUGAGGUCAUAGAGGAAAUCGAGUCUCCCGUUAAAACGCGGCGAAAUCCACCGAGGGGAAAGAGAAAGGAUGGUGCUAAAACCAACUCCUCUUCUGAGCCGAGUUCGAAGAGGAGGAAAGGGAAAAGCUCCAUCGCGCGCAUUGCCGAAAGCGAACUCUCUUUUGUCACGUUGGAUGAAAUCGGUGAGGAGGAGGAUGUGGCCGCACAUGACCCGCAGGGCCUGGUUGUCGUGGAUGAAGUGAUGGAAGAGGAAGAACUUCUGUCAGAAGCGGUAAAGGAUCCACAGUCGCUUGUUACUUUGGAUGAGAUAUCUGAACAGGAGGACCUUGGCUCUCACAAAGACAUCCCUAGGUCGGUUUUUGAGGAGCAGGAUUUGAAAGCCGAACCCUUGGUAACUGUGGAUGAAAUCGGCGAGGUGGAAGAGCUGCCUCUGAACGAGCCUGCGGACCUGAAUAUUGAGGAUGUGCUGAAAGAGAAGGAGGACGAUAAAGUGGCUGCUGAGGAUCCUGGAGACGGUGCGUCCUCUCAGGUGCCUGAUGAUCCCAGUGCUUUGGUGACGGUAGAUGAAAUACAAGAGGACAACGAAGAUAACCCUCUAGUGACUUUGGAUGAAGUUAACGACGAUGAAGAUGAUUUUCUGGCUGAUUUCGAUCGCCUGAAAGAGGAACUAAACUUUGUUACAGUAGAUGAAGUUGGAGAGGAGGAUGAGGAAGAAGAAAAUACUUUCCCAGGGAAAAAUCUGAACGAGGAUGAAGACGACGAAGAUAUUGUUGCCGUUGCAGGACCAGAAGAAGAAGAAAUUGCUGCCAUUGCAGGACCAGAAGAGGAGGAUAUUGUUGCUGUUGCAGGACCAGAAGAAAUGGAAAUUCUAGGAGAUAUGAGUCCAGAAGAAGAAAUUACUGCGAUGUCCGAGUCAAAAGAUCAGCUGGGAUCAGAAGAUAAAGAACCGGAGUCGAAGCGGAAGAAAACGGCUUCUUCAAAUGCAUCAAAGACGCAGAGUACUCCAAAAGAUUUGGAUUACCUAGUUCCAAAGGCCGGCUUUUUCUGUCAGAUCUGCUCGCUCUUCUACGCAGAUGAAACAUCUGUGAAAAAUCACUGCAAGACACCGCUUCAUCAGCAAAACAUGGAGAAGUUCAUGGCCAAGCAGAAGGAUGAGGAAAAAGUUCAAGGUGAUCAGAGGCAAGAAGAAUCCUUUUGUUCCUCAGUAAAGAGCGCUGCCGUGGGCGAACUCGCUGCCGUGGGUGCUGGCGAGUCGCCGCGCCGGUCUGUCCUGGCGGGUCCAGCCCCGCGUCAGGAGAUGAGCAUCUUGAAAACGCACGCCUGGCCCUUCCCUUCGAGGUGCCGGAACGUCAGGGUCCAACCGGGCGUGAAGAAGAGGACUAAAGUCAUCAAGAACAACGUGAACCCUGUAUGGAACGAGGGCUUCGAGUGGGACCUGAAGGGAGCUCCCCUGGACCCGGGCGCCGAGCUCACCGUUGUCGUGAAAGACCAUGAGACCAUGGGGAGAAACAGGUGGGAGAAGCGUGGGGUGCCAGCUGUGAGCCUCCUGCCCUGCUCCCGUCACCGGCACAGCCUGCGCACGCCCCAGGCUUUGCAGGAGGGCAGCGAGGGGAUCUGGGCUCUCCCCGGGCUCCACACAUUGCUCCCUGGUGCCGGCUGCCCUUUGCAGCGGGGGCGACUGGUGGGAGGCGAGAGCGGCAUUUCUGGGCUCUUUCGCUCAACGGCCAGGGACAAAAACACAGCCUUUGAGGGCAGGGAGCACACAGGGACCCUUGUGCCCACCGCCACCCCCGGCUGCCGCACCAGCACGGCCGCCUGCCCCGGGAGCAACGCCGGCGCCGCGAGGCCAUGGUGA